UUCAGUUAAAAUUCGAGAUCGGUCGUUGACGGUACACAGGUCGCAAUUCUUACAUGACGGUGCGAAACAUUAUUAUGUUGUUGUUGUGAUCGAACCUAGUGAGCAAUAUCGUUGAAAUUUUGUUGUAGCUUCAGUGAUUAUAUUAUAUGUGUACAUAGUACAAACACAUUUAUAUUGUAACUUACAUAUGCAUGCACAUAUUUACAUACCUAACAACGCCUUCACUGCACAAAGGUACAUACGCAUUGUUUGGCAUGCAGACGAUGUUUUUUCAUACAUCCUAAUAUAGGGGAUUAUAAUAGGAGCCAAUCUACAACAAAGGAGGAUCGACAAAAUCAGCAGCAAAGGAUAUGGGCCCUUGUCAUUCCCAUCUUCCAUUUAAAAUAUUUUGUAAAAUAUCACAAUAAACUAUUUCAACUAUUGGAAAAGUCACUGAAAGCGUUACCUACAAUUCGACAUAGCGCACAAAUAUAUUCAACUUUCCCACUACAAUACAUCGUUUUGUGUGUCCGUAAGUGCUGUAGUUGCAGACUUAAUGUGGGUUGACUGCAGAUUAUCAAGAGCUUUCGUUCGAUUGGAGUCAUGGAAAAUUAUGAAGGUCCCUUGCCAUCAAAUGAAAACAUUUCAAAGACUGUAUAUUCUAGAAAUAAAAAAUCGUGUAAUGCAUCCGAUCGUUGUAUAACAACAAAGUAUUAUUCGACCUGUCAUAAUUCCUUUAUUCAUAUGGAACGAAAUGCUUGUUUUCAAAAUUCAAUAGAAAAUACUAAUCAAAACUGCCAGACGCAGGAAUCUAAUCGUGGCGACGAAACUCCGUUGAGUACUGUACUGGGAAAGAAGCCAUUAAAUGCGCAAUAUCAUAAAAACAUGGGCCAGACUGUUAAUGGAGCAUUGAGAAAUAAUAUCAGAAGAGACCAGAUGACAUUGAACAUGCCAUUCCACAGUGAACCACAUCGGACGUUAUAUCUGUCGUUCCAGAAUAUCACAGUGCUGCACAAUGAUCGUAAGAUAUUGGACAAUGUCAGUGGGGCGGCAUGUCCUGGCGAAAUUCUAGCGGUUAUGGGUCCAUCUGGUAGUGGAAAAACCACAUUGCUAGAUUCGCUUAGCUGUCAGAGGAAAAUGGGCACCGUCGGCCGCAUAUGUGUCAAUGGUGAACCAUUGUCAAAGAAAUGGCGACGCAAAAUAUGUUAUGUCCUGCAGGAUGAGAUUUUCUUCCCCAGCCUUACACUAAGAGAAACUGUCACCUAUGCAGCCCUACUGCGUUUGCCAGAGAAGAUGCCGAAAAUUGAAAAGAUUGCAGUGGUGGACAGCAUCAUAGAAUCACUAGAACUGACCUCCUGUCAACACACGAAAUUCGGCGAUUACAUGAAUCGAGGUUUGUCGGGCGGUGAGAAGAGAAGGGCAAACAUAGCAUGUGAAUUGCUGACAAAUCCUCUUUUAAUGCUACUGGAUGAACCCACAUCUGGUCUAGAUAGUCACGCCGCAAUCUCCCUUAUGAAAAUAUUGAAACGUUACGCCAUUCAAGAACAAAAAACAGUUGUGAUAACCGUACAUCAACCUUCAUCGGAGAUGUUCCGCAUGUUUGAUAAGCUACUGCUGCUCUACAAUGGUUGUACAGCGUACUUUGGCGGGGUGAAUAACAUUUGCGAAUAUUUCCAAGAUAUCGGAGUGGUAAUAAAGCCCCACUACAACCCCGCAGAAUUCGUACUUGAGCAGAUAAAAUCGAAUCCUGAUACACGAGAGAAACUUUUUGUGGCGGCAAAAGAAUCCUACAGUAAUUUUCUAAAUCAGAACUGCCUGGGAACCAAUGGCAUCAUUGAGGCCAACGAAAUAGAAAGAUUUUGUUCCAAGGCGAUGGCCAGCAACGAAGAAAAGCACCAGGACAAUGUGCUGAUCAACCAUAUAAUUCACAAUUACUAUAACGAUGUACAUAUGAGUGGAAAUCGUCUGGGCAGCGAAUCAAAGGAAAGUCGACUGAAUUUUAAUCUUGAGUCGUGCCAAAGGAGUUGUGAAGAGGCCACACAACAAUUGUGCCCCAGCGAGUUGCAAUCGGACACCAGUACUUUACCCAUUGAUAAUCCGGAUUGGCUCGAUUAUCCAACCCAGUUUCACACCCAAUUCCGGGUGCUGUCCAAUAGAAACUUCAAGGAAGCCAAAGCACGCAUGCUUUCGAAGCUCAAUUGGUUUCAAACUAUCGGUCUAUCGCUAAUGACCGGCGCCAUAUGGUACGAUAUUCCGCGAACUGAAGAAUACUUGCACGACCUUCAAGGAUGGAUGUUUUUCUCACAAACAUAUUGGAUGCUGUUUGCAUUAUUUGGUGCUUUAAAUUCAUUUCCUUCAGAGCGGGAGGUUAUCAACAAAGAAAGGCGUUCUGGGUCAUACAGAUUGUCAGCUUAUUACUUGGCCAAAAUGUUCGGAGAGCUGCCGUUGGUUGUAACAUUACCAACAGUCUAUCUGCUGAUAUCAUAUUCCUUAUUGGGUUGUUCAAGCCUCAAGCUAUUUCUCUUGAUGCUGGUAUUCCUGCUCCUCAAUACCGUGGUAGCACAAAGUGUUGGCUUCUUUAUCGGCGCCUGCUGCAUGGACAUGAAUGUGAGUAUAACGCUUAGUGCUCUUUACACACUGGCAACUCAGCUGUUUGGCGGAUUUCUGUCAACGCGGAUUCCCGAGUUUCUUAGUUGGAUUCGGUACACAUCAAUGAUUCAUUAUGCCUACCAGAAUAUGCAAAUCUUGGAAUUCAGGGAAGGAGCGCCCAUUGUAUGCAAACAACCGAGCAGCUAUGAGGCGUGUGCCAAUAGCGAUACAAUACCAUAUGAAGACAUUCUAAGAUCUCAAAAUUACACAACGCCUCUAUGGCUGAACACAUUGGUUCUGGUCUCAUUCCUGGUACUAUUUCGUGGUUUAGGAUACACGGUACUUCGGUAUUUUCGGUGUCCCAGAACAUGACACCAGUACAAAAGAAAUAUGGAUGCGAAACAUUCCUUGGCAAAGUCGCGAUCCAGUAAAAAGUUUAUUCGUCUCUAGCUCUUAGCAUUAUCUCUAUUUUUAAUGAACCAUUCCGGUUGCCAGCUUUUUUCACACUUCACUUUCACAGGGUAUGCAUUUUUGUUAUUUUAAAGACACUAUUUCUAGUGUUUAAUUAUAUACUGUGUUAUUUUUAUUUAAAUAUAUUUUUAUUGUAAAUUUUAUAUUACAAAAUAAGAAAAAUCAAAGUCGUUGGAUACGACACCAGAAAA